ACGGUUGUGUUGCUUGAUCGUGACGAAGUCGUAAAAUUAGGUUGGAAUGGUUCUUCUCUGGAAUUGACAUCAGUGGCUCAAGUAUAUUGUUGACUUUUGUCUAGAUGCUCAUUCUCGAUGUGUGAAAUUAUGCAUUUACCAAGAAGGACGAGCUCUGUGUGGAUUUAUCUAUUCUUCCUGCUGCUGGAUUGUUACUGGGGAGCGGUGAGUGGGCAGCUCUCUUACACCGUGUCAGAGGAGGGAAAUCUGGGUACUGUUGUCGGAAAUAUCGCUAAAGAUCUCAACAUUAACGUCCAGGAUUUGGAGUCGCGCAUGUUUCAGAUCGUUUCUGGAUCAAAAAGAAAACAUUUCGAGGUAAAUCUAAAGACUGGUGCCCUCUACGUUAAUGAGAGAAUAGAUCGAGAGGAACUCUGCGGUGACGACACAAAAUGUUCACUCAGUGUAGAAGCAGUAAUAAAUAACCCGUUAAAACUGUACCGGAUUGAAAUGACUAUCUUGGAUGUGAAUGAUAAUUCGCCAUCCUUUCUCAGCACGUCGCAGGAAAUUGACAUUACCGAGAACACUGCGACGGGGGCCAAAUUCCCCCUACAACCUGCAGAGGAUGCAGACGCCGGGAAAAACACUGUUAAUACCUACAAACUGAGUCAAAAUGAACACUUCUCUCUAUAUAUACAUAAAGGAGAGAUAAUGUCGCCUGAAUUAGUUCUUCACAAUGUUUUAGAUCGAGAAAAACAAUCUGUAAUCAGACUCACAUUGACGGCAAUUGAUGGGGGAACUCCUCCUAAGUCAGGAACGAUGGUCAUUACAAUAAAUGUAUUGGAUAUUAAUGACAACGCACCAGUAUUUAGUCAAACUCUGUACAAAGUCAAUGUGUUUGAAAAUGUAAAAAUAGGUACAUCGAUUAUAACAUUGAAUGCUACAGAUUUAGACACAGGCUCAAAUGGAGAGGUGCGUUACUUAAUCAGUAAAGCAGGCCGAGGAAAACAAACCGACGUGUUUUCUAUAGAUGAAAAAACUGGGACUGUAACAAAUAAGAAGAACAUUGACUUUGAAGAAAAUAAUGCUUUUGAGAUUCGAGUACAAGCCAGUGACAGAGCUUCUUCUCCUCUCACUUCACAUGCUAAAUUAUUGAUUGAAGUUUUAGACAUCAAUGACAAUGCACCUGAAAUCACAGUUACAUCAAUGUUAAACACAGUGAAAGAGGAUGCGUCCAUAGGCACAGCUAUUGCACUAGUGUCAGUAUUUGAUAAGGAUGGAGGUAACAACGGUAUUGUGAAUUGUAAAAUUUCCAAUAACGUUCCUUUCAAAUUAGACUCCAGUUAUAAGAAUUACUAUUCGUUGGUGGUGGACGGUCCUCUUGACAGAGAAAGCGCGUCUCAAUACAACAUCAGCAUCACUGCUACUGACGAGGGGAGUCCACCACUCUCCAGCACAAGUGUUAUUACUGUACAUGUGUCAGAUGUAAACGAUAACAAACCAAUAUUCAUAGAAAAUAUGAUCAACAUCUAUCUAAAAGAAAACAGUCCAGUAGGAGCAGUUAUAAAAACUGUAUCAGCAUUUGAUGUUGACGUCGAUCAAAAUGGUGAGGUGAGGUUUUCAUUUUUACAUGACAACAGUGAUUCACUGCCUCUCUCGACAAUGAUGAACAUCAACUCAGAGACUGGAGAUAUAAUCAGUCUACAGUCUUUUAACUUUGAGGAGUUAAAAACGUUCCAGUUCAAAGUUCAGGCCACAGACUCUGGUGUUCCUCCGCUCAGCAGCAACGUGACAGUGAACGUUUUUAUCUUGGAUGAAAAUGACAACAGUCCCGUGAUUCUCGCGCCCUAUUCUGAGCACGGCUCCGUUAACAGUGAGAGCAUCCCUUAUAAUGUUGAAGCGGGACACAUUGUGGCAAAGAUCAGGGCUGUAGACGCAGACUCUGGAUACAACGCGCUGCUUUCUUAUCACCUCCCUGAGCCCAAAGGAAACAACCUCUUCCGGAUCGGAACCAGCACCGGGGAAAUCAAGACUAAGAGGAGAAUGAGUGACAAUGACCUAAAAACUCACCCCUUGGUGGUGCUGGUUUCUGACAACGGAGAACCCUCCCUGUCAGCUACUGUGUCUAUAGAGGUGAUGGUGGUUGAAAACUCAGCUGACAUCCAGACUCAGUUCGGACAUGUGCCCAUAAAGGACGAGAGCUUCACUUCACUAAACCUGUAUCUGCUGAUCGCCAUUGUGUCGGUGUCAGCCAUCUUUCUGCUCAGCCUCAUCAGUUUAAUCGCUGUCAAAUGCCACAGGACAGACAGCAGUUUCAGCAGGUACAGCGCCCCCAUGAUCACCACCCAUCCAGACGGGAGCUGGUCUUACUCUAAAGCUACACAGCAGUAUGACGUCUGUUUCAGCUCAGACACGCUCAAGAGUGACGUAGUGGUUUUCCCCGCAUCGUAUCCACCUGUAGAUGCGGAGCUGAUCAGUAUUAACGGAGGAGACACGUAUACCAGGACUCAGACUUUACCUAAUACAGAGAAGGUAAGAGAACUAUAACAAUACUCAGUUCUACAUUUUUCUAAGAAGUAUACGACAUAAGGUUGCUUUACUGGUUUGUAAUAUGGGUUUAAAGGCUAAAAUAUAUAUAAAAACAAGACACAGAAUGAGCACCAGAGCAAAGUUUCAUUUUUCAAUGGUCACAAAUUGUUUCCAUCCCUGCUUCAUUUUAAUCCUCUUAUAUGUCGUUUUCAAAGUAAAAGAAUUUCGGAAAUGAUGUCAACAUUCUGUUCGUCGCUAUCCGUGGUGCUGAAGAGAACUUGACAUCUUACUGACAAUUUCCACAAGAGAAAAUGCA